AUGGCGGCCUCCCAGCUGGCAGCUCUAGAUGAAGCUGGGGAGGGUUCUCUGGAUGAGAUUGCCCCCAGCAAUGCAAACCCAGGCCUCCUCUACUCAGAAGGCCACAGGUUGGCCCUGGAGACCCUCCUGAGCGAGGGAGCUGGGGCCUUUGCUUCCUGCCUGCUCCGGGAGAAGCUCUUGCCUUUCCUGGCGGCUGAGGAGGUCCGGAGCCUGGAGGCACAGGCAGAGGACUGGGGAGCUGGGAACGAAGAGGCCCCAAACCAGGAGAGUGGGGCCGAUGUCCCGGAGCAGGGGAGCCUGACCUAUUUCCCGGGCCGCUCUGAUGAGCCACCUCCAGAUCUGGGCCUGGGCUGGCCUGAGUCUCAGCCGUGGAAGGGCAUCACCCGAGCCCGACUUUAUACCCAGCCCCCUGGGGAUGGGGACCCCUCCAUCAAGGAGCUGGUGAGGAAGACCAUUCAGGACGCCCAGAAGCUGAUAGCAGUGGUUAUGGAUGUGUUCACGGACCCUGACCUCUUGAUGGACCUUCGCGAGGCUGCUAUCCGCCGAGGGGUUCCCGUUUAUAUCCUCUUGGGCCACCGCCAUCUCCCUGCCUUCCUGGCCCUGGCCCAGCAGCUGGGGGUGAACCCCCGAGCCAUGGAGAACCUCGAGGUCCGUGUCUUGAGAGGCUGUGGCUUCCAGAGCCGGAGGAAGAAGCAUGUGAAUGGGGACAUGAGAGAAAAGUUUGUGAUGGUGGAUGGAGACUGUGUCAUCACAGGCUCCUACAGCUUUACCUGGAGCGAUUCCCGCUUGCACCGAAACCUGGUAACCCUGCUGACCGGGGAGAUCUGGGAGGCCUUUGACAGAGAGUUCAGGACACUCUAUGCCACCUCCCACCCGCUGUCCCCUUCCCCUUCCUCGGGCCCUUUCCUCAGUGUCCUGCAGGGAGUGCAGUUGGCCCGGGGCCGCCACAACAUCGCCCACCGCCGCUCCGUGGCCCCUGUCUUGCUGCCACCCCAGGACGAUGCACCCCAACACCACGUGGUCACCUGGCAGACCUCUGAGGACUCCAAGAGGCCCUCACCCACUGGGCCGGCCCUCAGCGAUAUCUUGAGGAAUAUCCAGAGGGUCCGGCCCACCAGUGGCCCCUCUCCCUGGCCCAGCCGGUCCCUCUGGGAUUUGAGCUGCCUUUCCCAGUUGUCUGGGUCCAGUGAUGGGGAUGGGAGAUUGGGAAAAGAGCCAAAGACUCCAUGGGCCACCCAAGACACGCCUGCCAUGACUCUGAUGAGGCAGCGGGGGGCCAGUGAGGAUCCCAGAGCCCCAGUGCGCCGGUGGGCCAACCCUGCCUGGCCCGUGACCCCCGGGCGGUUCCACUACCCAUUGCUAGCCCAUAGGAGGCUCGGGGAGGAGCCCGGGCAACAAGGCCAUGGGCAGCCUGACUGGGCCCACCCCCACCAGUGAGCGCUGCUUUUGCCCCAGGAGCCUGCUUAGGAGUGGACAGAGGGAGCAGUCAGCGAGUGCCAGCCUUGGGCCCCUUGAGGAUGAAAG